GCCGCGAGCGAUGCAUCCGUCGCGACUUCCGCGUGUUCACGCCGGAUCUCGUGUCAGUGACUUUCGUUCUCUUUAAUUGUCCCUUUAAUUCAUCGGCCAUUCUCUCUCUCUCUCUCUCUCUCUCUCUCUCUCUCUCUCUCUGGAUGCAUCUUAACUCUUGGUGUUUGAUACAGUAAGUUUCAUCCACAUGCCCGCGUUUUCCCAUCGAUUUUCAUUCAAAGAUUAUUCCGGCGACCGGUGGCCGCAGUUAGGACCGCGUUGAUCCCGGUACGUCGCGUGACCGUGUGAUCCAUCCGCGUCGAACAGUGGUUCCGUUGCAUCGAUCACGUGAACUGCAGUGUAAGUUGAGAAGUGGUGCCGUGGUGGAGUCGGCUGGAACACAUCCCGUGGGAAGCGGUUUCCUCUGGAGGCACUCAGAAAACAAUCAAGAUCCAUCGCUGCCCGGAAAUGCCAGAAAGUCAAGGUGAGGCGAGGACGUGAGGGCUGAUCCGAUGAAUGGGGCUCAGCUCUGGCACAGUUUUCCACCGAGGGAAAUCAUGACAGGAACAUACCGAAGAUCGAAAGCGCGCACGAAGAUGAGGAGCAUGGCGCCAGGGGCGCGAGAUCCCCUGGUGAAAGCGGUCCCGGCGAAGAAAUCGGUGCUACUGACGAGGAUCGCGCAGAUCUCCCUUUGAGGAUGGACACCGACAUGGCCAGGGGUUGGAAUUCCGGCGCCAGGGGCGGCUUCCUACGGGGCAUCGGGCAACGCGUAAGCUUCGACCCCGAGGCACCGCCGCCGCCACCCCAACCUGCAAGAAAGAUCGACGAAAAGGUCAAGAGGCACAGUAUCCACGGCAUGAUAGAGGAGGAGAACGUGGUGAGGCCGCACCAGGAGAUGGCCAGUCUCUCCUAUCAGGAGAAGAAAUACCUUCUCGCGGUGGAACGCGGCGACGUGGCUUCCGUCAGAAGGAUGUUGCAGAGCGCCCUCGAAACCGAAAUGAACAUCAAUUGCGUGGACCCGUUGGGACGUUCGGCGCUUCUAAUGGCGAUCGAUAACGAAAAUCUGGAAAUGGUGGAGCUGCUGAUCGAGCACAAGGUCGACACGAAGGACGCCCUGCUUCACGCCAUCUCCGAGGAAUUCGUCGAGGCGGUCGAGGUACUUCUGGAACACGAGGAGAGUCUUCAUCGAAACGGGGAGCCACACGUUAGUCGCUUUCAUCGUCUAGUAUAUAGCUGGGAAGCGCUGCCGUCGGACACCGCGACAUUCACGCCGGACAUCACACCCCUGAUCCUGGCCGCACACAGGGACAACUACGAGAUCAUCAAAAUCCUUCUGGAUCGGGGCUCCACGUUGCCUAUGCCUCACGAUGUUCGCUGCGGGUGCGACGAGUGUGUAACAUCGAGGAGGGAGGACUCUCUGAGGCAUUCCAGGAGCCGGAUAAACGCGUACAGAGCCCUGGCCUCGCCGUCCUUGAUCGCUCUUUCCUCAAAGGAUCCGAUCCUAACUGCGUUUGAACUCUCUUGGGAACUUCGGCGACUCUCGUUCCUCGAGCAUGAGUUUAAGUGCGAAUACCAGGAGCUUAGGAGACAGUGCCAGGACUUUGCCACUGCCUUGCUGGAUCACACGAGAAGUUCCUACGAGCUGGAGGUGCUGUUGAACCACGAUCCCACCGGGCCGGCGUUCGAGCACGGCGAGAGGAUGCACCUGAACCGGCUGAAACUCGCUAUUAAACUUCGACAGAAAAAGUUCGUGGCGCAUCCUAACGUGCAGCAGUUACUCGCAUCGAUUUGGUACGAGGGUCUUCCGGGCUUCCGGAGGAAAAAUAUGUUCCUCCAGGCGUUGGAGAUCGUGAGGAUCGGCGUUCUCUUUCCGUUCUUCAGCGUCGCUUACAUCAUCGCACCGCACAGCGUCGUCGGCCAAACCAUGAGGAAACCGUUCAUCAAGUUCAUCUGUCACUCGGCCUCGUACUUCACUUUUCUCUUCAUGCUGAUUCUGGCUAGUCAAAGGAUAGAAAGCGUGAUCGGCAAUUGGAUAGGCCACGAUGUCAUAAAACAGGAACACGAACCAGCACCAACGAAAAGGGGCGCUGCCCCGACGAUCGUCGAAUGGUUCAUCCUUGCUUGGGUAUCCGGCCUGAUUUGGUCGGAGGUGAAGCAGCUGUGGGACGUCGGCCUAGAGGAGUACGUGAACGACAUGUGGAACGUGAUCGACUUCGUUACAAACUCCUUGUACGUAGCCACCGCUGCGCUCAGAGUGGUCGCUUACUACAGGGUGCAGAAGGAAAGCCAGGAAUACGGUUCGGUGGUCGAGCUGCAACGGGAACAGUGGGAUACGUGGGACCCAAUGCUCAUAUCCGAGGGCCUUUUCUCCGCCGCCAACAUAUUCAGCUCUCUGAAACUCGUCUACAUUUUCUCCGUAAAUCCUCACCUCGGCCCCCUGCAAGUGUCCCUCUCCAGAAUGGUGAUGGACAUCAUGAAGUUCUUCUUCCUCUACGUGCUGGUGCUGUUCGCCUUCUCCUGCGGUCUGAACCAGCUGCUGUGGUACUACGCAGACAUGGAGAAGAAGAGAUGCCCGACCGCGAUGUCUUAUUCUUCUAACGCCAACAGUACCACCGAUUCGAACGCUUGCAUCGUUUGGCGCCGAUUCGCAAAUUUGUUCGAAACGGCGCAAACGCUGUUCUGGGCGGUUUUCGGGCUGGUGGACCUCGAGAGCUUCGAGCUGGACGGCAUCAAAGCGUUCACCAGGUUCUGGGGCAUGCUGAUGUUCGGCACGUACUCGGUGAUCAACAUCGUCGUCCUAUUGAAUCUGCUAAUCGCCAUGAUGAACCAUUCCUAUCAGUUGAUAUCCGAACGUGCCGACAUCGAAUGGAAGUUCGCCAGAAGCAAGCUGUGGAUCAGCUAUUUCGAGGAGGGUGGCACGGUUCCACCGCCGUUCAACAUCAUACCGACCCCGAAGAGCGUUUGGUACAUGGGCCAAUGGCUGUACCGGAAGCUGUGCGGCCACAGUAGGGCUGCCAAGAAGGAGCACAUGCGAACGAUCAGAAGGAAGGUUAAGCAAGCGUCGGAGAGGGACUUUAGGUACCAGAGUAUUAUGAGGAAUUUAGUGAGGAGAUACGUGACGGUGGAGCAGAGGAAGGCGGAGAGCGAGGGUGUGACGGAGGACGACGUGAACGAGAUCAAACAAGACAUCAGCGCUCUCAGAUGCGAGCUGAUCGAGAUUCUGAAGAAUUCCGGCAUGAACACGUCGACGGCCAGUGGUACCGGGACUGACGGUAGCCUUAAAGAGCUGUCCAUAGGUGCGGGGGGUAAGAAGAAUCGGCAGAAGGAGCGACGUCUGAUGAAGGGAUUCAACAUCGCCCCUCAGCCAAGCGGAAGUGGCAGCCUACCGCCGGUCGACGAAUUCGCGGCGUCGCUGCAACAAGUGCAACAGGAGAACUCCCACGAGAUAUUCGGCUCGACCUUGAGCGGUAUAUUCGGACCGGGCGCCACACCGAAGAAGAGUCCACAUCACACCAGCACCAACAGCGUUCCUGGACUCGGCACCAGCAGACAGAGUCGCAGAAUCAGGGGAAGUUCCAAGAAGAAGAGAUGGGAGAAUCUUAUCGAAGCGGCUAAAGUCCGAGGCAAAGUUUCCAGGCUAAUUGGUAGAUCUCGUUCGGAGGAUUCCGUGUACUCGCCAGCUUCAGAAGACGGUGGGUCAAGAUCGGAAGGAUCGACAGACUCAAAGUCCUCGUUGGAGACUCCAGGGCACGAAGUCCAAGCCACACAUCACUCCCAUCACUCGCAUCACGCGCAUCAUCACGAGGGUCAUCACGUGUUUGCUCACGGCUUAGGCGCGUUGGUAGCGCUACGAAAGAAACGGAAAACCUUCUCGGACUCGAGGUCGUCGACGUCGGGGAUGAGAAGCAGCACCGGCACGAAUCCGAUGUACCCGAUCGCUUCGGUCCUCGUUUCGAAGGUGUCGAAGAAGCAGCUGCAGAGAGCGAGCAGCGUGCCGACUAGGGGACCGGAACUAGGCCAACAGCCGAUUCCACCGAGGAGACACGAGGGCACGCAAAGUCAGCAACCCAGUAUCGACACUCCCGAGGGUGCCAGCGCUAACGAGCAACCUGUGGUUCCAGCGGCUCCGUUGACACCAUCGACGACAGAGGAGAGCGUGGUCGCGAGCAGUUCUCUGCCGGCGAGCAUGAAGAGGAACGGGUCAGCGACGCAGCUGCAGCGGCUUCCAGGUAUCGAGCCAAUAUCCGGCCACGAUGUAUCCGGUGGGUGGCUCUGAGAGGAUUCAACGGUCGCUCCGCAGCGACGACGUAUCGCGAACACGGAUCGAAUUCGCGCGUAAACGAAUUCCGUAUUCACCGACCAGCGAACGCUGAUACGACGACAUCGAUCACGUAAGAUCGCGUACGAUCGCGUGAUCGUCGGCACACGCACAAUGAUGCCUUUUUUGACGACGACGCAUUUCGCCGAGACAAAGAAACUAUGUAUAGAUAUAUAGAUAUAUAUAUGUCUAUUACGUACAUGUAUAUUAUUUGAUAAGCGACGUCGCGCGUGAAGUUCGAGCAACGUCAGCUCGUCGACCCAUCACCGCCCUUUUCCCUUCGACGUUUCGUGGAGGAAAAAGAAGAAGAAGAAGAAGAAGAAGAAGAAGAAGAAGAAGAAGAAGACUCUAACUUUAACCAGCGACGUCUUUCACCUAACGCGCCAACUUUUCUCAGUUUCCGGGGAAGGAGAUUAACUUUCGCGGCGCUUUGUGUCGCUUCGGGAAACAAAGUUUCAGAAUAUGCUCCGAAACCACGCGAUACCACGCUUAUUCCUCGGAGGGAAAGAAAGGUUUGCCCCCUCUCCCGGAUGAAGAACGUCGCGAACACUGCACAGACGAAACUGUUCAAGUUCUCUCGCAUUUGUUGGCGGACCUGACCUGAUCAUACACCAUCGUGACUUAUCGUUUCCACGGUGGUAAAUGCCGUCGGAGUUGGUCCCAUCGUCGCCCGUACGCAAACGUCGUCACCGAUACCCGAUUUUCUACCGCGACGAACGACGAACUUCCACUUCGACACUUCCAUGAAAGUCAUUUCGAUCGGUGUCGCAUCGUCGAACGAGCUACUACGUACUACUAUACUGUUACAUACUACUACAACUGCUACUACUGCCAGAACGGGAAGGGCAAGUGGGUCGACGACUAAACUAACUAGUCAGCGCUAGUCGGACGAUCUCAUGCGAUAGAAGAGGAUUACGAGUUAUUGCGUUACGUCUUCUACCUAAUUAACUCGGUGGAAUCCGAGCGAGUUCUGUUAAUUCAUCGUUCGUGAUUUAACCGAACGGCGAGCUUUUAGCUCUUGCCACUUCAGGAAGCUGGCCUACUGAAGAUCGGCACUUUACUCCAACCUUCUUCUUCCAUUUUCUAUUUUCUAAUUCAACUAGCGACUUCGUUUCACUUUGUCGUUCAGCCAACUCUAGUCACACGAUCUGUUACAUACUCGAACGUGUAUAAUAUUCUUUCAACUUGUUUCCCCCUUGUUUCGACGAGAGAGGAGAGACAUCACGUGGGAAAGGAGGGAAAUAAUCACGCUCGAAAGUUAGGGUACGUUUCACCCGGUCGAUACUCGUUUGGGUCGGGAUUCCCAAGCAGCUGUUACAGAAACUGCUAACAACGACGAAGGGGGAUUUCGCAGAGAUGGAGCUAACUUCGAACGCGACGAUUUCUUUCCUUCGGCGAUAACAAAAGGGAGGCGUUCAUUUCUCAGGCGCGUUUUCCCUCCUCCUCCCCCCCCCCCCUCCCACCUUCGAAUUUAUUAGCGGUUCACAAAACAGGGAGGACGAGAUAAAUGUGUCACGACCAAAACAGGAAGCGAGCCGUAGCGUAGUCGAGUAGAGGCCUAAAACAGAGAUUAAGAUCCGUACUACUUCCUAGAUAUUAUUACGUGUACGUAUGAUAAUAAUUAUAAUUAAUGUGAACCCGGUGUCAGGAGCGCGGAAGGGGAUCUCGUUGUCCGCUUGGAUCCACUCGAAUUUUAUCGUCUUUCGUGUCCUGUUCGAGUUCGCGAGCGCCUGACAGACCGUACGUAAUAGUAUACUAUACCGCCUACGUGUAUUAUUUAUGAGAUUAUUAUUAUUAUUAUUAUUAUUAUUAUUAU